CAACAAAACAAGAUUGCAAUUCAACUGCAAUGCAACUAUGACCCAAAGUUCCAUUUGAUAAACAUUUCCCUUGAACUAGUUCAUUUCGAAACGACAAAACUCUACAUUUGAAAAGAUGUUGUUGAGGGGAAAACAAUUUAGUACCGGUCUUUCAAAGACUUUCACAAAGUGGGUCAACUUCAGUACAACAGCCCGUAAUGAUGUAAAACCCAAAACGGCUGUGCUCAUGUUAAACAUGGGUGGACCUCAGACCACUGAUCAGGUUCAUGACUAUUUGUUACGUAUCAUGACCGAUCGGGAUAUGAUCCAAUUACCGGUACAAAGUAAAUUGGGACCAUGGAUUGCCCAGAGACGUACACCGGAAGUGCAAAAGAAAUACAAAGAAAUUGGAGGGGGCUCACCGAUUUUAAAGUGGACCGAAUUACAGGGCGAACUGAUGUGUAAGGAAUUGGAUCGUAUAUCACCGGAGACAGCACCACACAAACACUAUGUGGGAUUUCGUUACGUCAAUCCGUUGACAGAAAACACCUUGCAGCAAAUAGAGAAGGAUGGCCCUGAACGUUUGGUGCUAUUUUCACAAUACCCACAGUAUAGCUGUGCCACAUCUGGCUCCAGUUUUAAUUCCAUAUAUCAAUAUUAUAAAAACAAAAAUUUACCCUCCAACAUUAAGUGGAGUGUCAUUGACAGGUGGGGCAGUAAUCCAUUGUUGGUGAAAACCUUUGCCGACCGCAUUCGCGAGGAAUUGGAUAAAUUCUGUGAAACCAAACGUAAUAAUGUAGUUAUUUUGUUUACUGCCCACUCCUUGCCAUUGAAGGCUGUUAAUCGUGGUGAUCCAUAUCCUGCUGAAAUUGGAGCUUCCGUACAAAUGGUUAUGCAAGAGCUUGGCUAUUGCAAUCCCUAUAGUUUAGCUUGGCAAUCAAAAGUGGGCCCAUUACCCUGGUUAGCACCCGCUACCGACGAUGCCAUUAAGGGCUAUGUAAAACAAGGAUUGAAAAAUUUUAUUUUGGUACCAAUUGCAUUUGUUAACGAACACAUUGAAACCUUGCAUGAACUAGACAUUGAAUACUGCGAUGAAUUGGCUAAGGAGGUGGGUGUUGAAGAAAUACGCCGUGCAGCCACGCCCAACGAUCAUCCGUUGUUCAUAAAAGCCUUAAGCACCAUUGUUGCUGAUCACUUGAAGAACGGAGAUAAUGUCAAUCCGAAAUUCUUAAUGCGCUGUCCCAUGUGUGUGAAUCCCCGCUGCCGUGAAAGCAAGAAUUGGUAUAGGAAUGUCUGUGCUCGUUGAAAAUGAAAAGAAAAUUGAUCCAACUUAGAAGAUAUCAUUUAUUUUUUGAUAUAAUUGUUAGCAGCCGUAAUUGUGAAUGUGUUAAAGAGAAAACACAAUAAAAAAUAUGAAAUAUCAUACCUUGAAGAAAA